AUGGAGGAAAGCGAGGAGGAGCAGGAAGAUACAGCACCGGGAAGAUCGACGGAAACAGAGGAACCACCAAAGCAAGAACCAAGUGUAAGGAGAUCAACAAGAAUGAAAAGACCGGUAAUACGAUAUCAGUACCAGACUUGAUGUUAUAAACAGUAAAACGAUAUAAACGUUUAAAUUAUAGAAACAUCAGACAACGUUGAUUUACAUAAGUACGAAAAUAAGGCAAGGACAUUUUAUUAAGUGGUUGAUAUUCAGUUAUAAAAAAUAGAGGGAGAGUAAUGUAGUAUUUGUAGGAUGAGAUAAGUUAAUAAUUAACUUCUAAGCAUGUAACAAACGUUGAUUGACAUUUGUAAUAAAUCAUCAUUCAGUCUAUUCUAUAGUUGUCUUCAUUAGAAAGUUCCGGAUUGAUAGGGAUGAACUGCCUGAAAAAUACGAGGAGAACGUCGACGUUUCGCUUCUAUUUUCAGGUAGUUGUAUUCUUAUCAAUCCGAAGCUUUUUUGUGGAAAUCAUCUGUGGUUGGCAACUUGUUUUUAUUUCUAAUUCAGAAGUUAAUUCAUUUCUAAUUCAGAAGUUAAUGUCGAUCAUUAAAACACUGCAAACGAAAGUGACGGAGGAGGCGAUGGAUACAGCUACGUUGGAACUUAGAAUUAGAGAAGAAGUUACGCAGGAAAUGAAUGAACAGAUAUAUGAAUUACAAAAUAUAUACAGGUUUGUUUGCUUCUCUUCCUUGUACAAGCUGUAAGUCCCGAACAAAAUCCUCAUUGACCUUAUUAGCUUAUACGGGCUUUAAAACGGUUGGCAAGUUGAGGUCAACUUUGCAAAAAAGUUGCCGAUUGUCGUGUGACAAUUAAAACUAAACAUACAAUUUCGUUUUUCAUUCCAACUUGACUUCGUCCCGGGCACAGGUAAACGAGACAAAUUCAAACUAAUAUUGUUUAUAUACGUAUACUGUAUAAUGGUAGCUCCGUAGCUUUAUCAGUUUUGAAACUGUUCCCCUUAUAGAGUUGUUACCAGUAAUUAAUGGAAAUAUUCGCAACAAGACAGUUGCAUAGUGUAGAAAUGGAAGCCGACCUGCAAAUAACUAUUUUACUUGGAAGGACAAAUGUCUGGCCAAGCCAAAAUUUGGUCGGACACUCGGACAUUUAUCAAUUUUUCCCGGACAACAUGCAAUGGACACUUUUUCGUAUUUUGUUUUGAAAAUUAGCACAAACUGCAAUGCAUUUAAAACUUGGUAGAGAAGUGUAAAAUAGUGGAGAAGUGCUGUCUAUAUAUUGCUUUCUUGUUGUCCUUAACAAAAAAUGUGUUAAAUAAGCAAUUUUUUGAGAUUGGAGAUUUGACUAGCCAAAUCGACCGGUCACAUGUCCGACCAUAAAAAGUUUUGAUCGGACAAAAGGUAAAAUUUGGCCGGGCAAUGUCCGAUGACCAACACUAAUUUGCAGGCCUGUUGUCUCGGAAGUGAAUGGUACAUACUUGCCAUGCAAUCACAGCCACGCAGUCAUUCCCUGGUUGCAUUGUAAACAUGAUGUUGCUUUUUAGCAAUCGUCUGGCGGCAGUACAGAACUUUAACGAGGAAGUUUUAGGAAAAAGGGUCGAAAUUUUGCAAAAAUCUAUGCAAAAAUCUCGGCGACGAAAACGUAUCAUAGAGAUCAUUGAAGAUAGUGACGAUGAAUACAUUUCUAGCAAUCUUUAUCAUCGGGAACAGAUGAAAGUGGAGGUAAAGAUAAAUGUAUCGUAGUUCCAGGGGGGAGAAGCCGAGGGGGUGGUGUGAAAAUGUUUUUGUUAUAAAUGGGGGGUACUGAAAACGGGUGGGUUGGUUUAAGGACGGGGAACGGUUAAAAAGAGAAGGGGGUAAGAACUUGAAAACGUUUUAGAACUUAAUGAGCUAUCCAGUAUAAAGUUAGUUUGACUGCAAUUAAUACUGUCAACUUUUUUAAACAAAUGUAGGAGCAAGCUGAAAUUAUAGAGUGUAUGAAGGAGACGAUUGAAAAACAGAAUGAUAUCAUCAGUGGAUUACGUGAAGUAAGUUGUAAGUUGAUGGUUUUAGGAGAAUAUCUUUUAAACUUGGGUUUCCAUGUCUGUCACACCUUGUUUGAAUCUCUUUCAAUAUCCAUGCUUUGUUGAAAAUGUGGGUAUAUACGUAAACAAGACUCUAGCUUUCUUCUUUUGUUUAGGAAGUUGCUACAGGCGAUUUUGUUCCUUGUACAAGGUUGGACUUUGUUUGUGUUCAGAUUGUUACAAGCAUAAAUAUAUCAUCCUUGCUGUGUUAUUCACAUUUUUCUUAACUUGUAUUUCUACAUAUUUCAGGGAGGCGUCAGUGGAUGAUUUGACUGAGCCACCAUCUCAAGUGAGUAUACACUUGAUUAUAUAUACACACACGUAAGAAUCUUGUAAGCUGAUGGUUUUAGGAGAAUAUCUUUUAAACUUGGGUUUCCAUGUCUGUCACACCUUGUUUGAAUCUCUUUCAAUAUCCAUGCUUUGUUGAAAAUGUGGGUAUAUACGUAAACAAGACUCUAGCUUUCUUCUUUUGUUUAGGAAGUUGCUACAGGCGAUUUUGUUCCUUGUACAAGGUUGGGUUUUGUUUGUGUUCAGAUUGUACAAACGUGAAUACAUCAUCCUUGCUUUGUUAUUCACAUUUUUCUUAACUUGUAUUUAUACAUAUUUCAGGGAGGCGCCAGUGGAUGAUUUGACUGAGCCACCAUCUCAAGUGAGUAUACACUUGAUUAUAUAUACACACACGUAAGAAUCUUGUAAGCUGAUGGUUUUAGGAGAAUAUCUUUUAAACUUGGGUUUCCAUGUCUGUCACAUCUUGUUUGAAUCUCUUUCAAUAUCCAUGCUUUGUUGAAAAUGUGGGUAUAUACGUAAACAAGACUCUAGCUUUCUUCUUUUGUUUAGGAAGUUGCUACAGGCGAUUUUGUUCCUUGUACAAGGUUGGACUUUGUUUGUGUUCAGAUUGUUACAAACGUGAAUACAUCAUCCUUGCUUUGUUAUUCACAUUUUUCUUAACUUGUAUUUCUACAUAUUUCAGGGAGGCGCCAGUGGUGGUUAAUACCCCACCAUCUCAA